AUGUUCACCUUCUGCAUCCAAAAAGACACGAUCCGCGUCGAGCCGCGAGACUUCAGCAAGGACCCGGUCGACGCCAUCCGGGAAGAGAUCCACCGCCGGUACGCCAACAGGGUCAUCCCCAAUGUCGGCCUGUGCAUCUCGCUCCUCGACCUCCUGUCGGCGUCCGAGGGCGCAGUCCUGUACGGCGACGGCUGCUUCUACUACCGCUGCGAGUUCCGCCUCAUCAUCUUCCGGCCCUACAUCGGCGAGGCGCUCGUCGGCAAGGUCAAGUCGCAGAGCCCAGAAGGCAUCGUCGUGAGCGUCGGCUUCUUUGACGACAUCCUCGUGCCGCCAAACCUCCUCCCAGACUGGUCCGCCUACAACCACGACCGCCGCGCCUUCUUCUGGCUCCCCGCCGACGACACCUCGCCCACCCGCCCGACCGACCGCGCGCUCCUGAACCAACCCGAGGACGCCAAGCUGUACAUCGGGCGCAAGGACUGGAUCCGGAUCCGGGUCGAGGAGGAGCACUGGGACGACACGAGCCCGACGAGCGGAAAGACGAGGGCGCCCGCCGCCGGUGCGGCGGGACCGGCGGCGCAGGGGGCCCAGGGGGAGCAGGGACAGGCGACGGCCGAGCAGAGGACGAAUGGGAAGAGCCCGUACUCGCUCAUUGCGUCAAUGGCAGAAGACGGCACGGGCGUCCUCGACUGGUGGGCCGAGGACGAGGAGUAG